AUGUUAAUUUUUAAUAUUGAAGGUCUUCAUAUUCAUGAUGCAUUUUGGGAGCCAGAUCCAGAAGUUAGUGAGGCAAUCCGUCGUUAUCGUCUAGCUGAUCCUUAUGGGUAUGAUCUUCGUCAACAACGUAUUUUACGCGCAAGUUUUUUGGUCAUGAACCAUGAACGUUUGCCUAAAAACGAGUGGACUACAUACGACGGUGAUAGCUGUUAUUUGGGUUCAAUCUUGGAGGAUAUUGAAAAAGAGAAGUUGGAGCGUGUUCGAACUACUGGGAUCAAACCAGGCUAUCAGCUGAAACUUCAGCUUUGA